GUAUUAAAAAAUUGAAUUAAAAAACCUCUAAUCUCCCACUAUCCUGUCGUCAGAAAACUUUAAAUUAAGAAUAACUUCUGUUAUUAAAAUCUUAUUCCUCCUUCUUUGAAAUGAUUGACGUAAUUUAUGAAUGAGCCUCCUUAGUGAAAAUCAUAAAAGUAUAGUGUAUGGGAGAAAAAUAAACAAUGUUCAAAGGUUUAAUUAUUGUUGAAAGAAGGCUUUUGAGCGGGAAUAAAUUAGUUACAUUACAAGCUGCUUAUUCAAGGAACUCGAGCAACUCAAAGUCUCCAUAUAAAAUAGUCCAGGCAAGGAUUAAAAAUGAUUCCAACAAUAACAUGCUAGUGCAUGAAAAUGGAGCUAAUUGGGAACUUUUUGGAGCCAAAAACAAUCGAUUCUUCUUGGGUAAAGGAAGUGUUGGACCUGCCUACUUGAAUAACACAUCUACCCAUACUGCAACAACGGAAUUAGAGGAACUAAUUGAUUUAGACAAUAAAGACAAGACGAAAUUGCAUCUGACAUUUCAAAAAUGUCCAAUGUUAAUCAGGAAAAGCUUACAGGAAAUGUUUCCAGCACCAGAAGUGAUUAGCGAGACAAGUAACUUGUCAUUAAUCAUCCUUAGUCAACCUUCAAAUUAUCUAGAACAUGAGAAGGCAGCAAUCAAAUUCAUAUUUGCAGCUAGAGAAAUAUGUCAAAGAUUACGCCUUCAUGGAUAUUGGGCUGACUUCCUUAAUCCAUUUUCGGGAAAGGCAUUCUUCUCAUAUCAUCCAAAAUCUCUGUACAAGAAUGACGAACGCUUCCGAGGAUUAUGUAUGAAGUUGGAAAGUAUCAAAGGAUUUGGUAAUAAGGAGUCAUGCCUGCUCAUUUCUGAGGAUAAAUCUCCAAAAUUCUCUGGAAGCGUGUUCACUAACUUACCAUCGAUCGAAAUGUUCAAGGAACUUGUUUUAGAAGAGGACGAAAUUAAAUAAAUGUGUAUAUAUGACUAGUUCCUUAACAAGAUAUGAGUAUAUGAUUUAUGAUGCAUAGAAAAAUUUAUUUUAACGUGAUU